ACAGGUUCUACUCAGGUGUCUUCUUGAAGCGAUAACAGCCUUGAUUGGAUAAUGUAUAUGCUGUCAAACUUCAUGCUUCUCUAAAUGUGAUAGCGGUACCGAUAAAGGUUUCAGCCUUUUCUAUUCUCCAUUUAGUGUUAUAUAUUAAGUUCCUAUUCAAUUUUAACAUGAUAUGACGAGAAUAGUCGCAGUCGGUACUUCGCAACAAAAAAAUAGAUCUUAUCUGCUGUUUUCUCAGUUAGUGUUCUCGUCUGAGGGGCGGCUUUGUAAUCACGUGACUAAAACCUGAUGUGAUCAUCUGCAAUCCAAAUCGUUGAUAGGAUUCGCAUGAAAUUCGCCAACGUAACGCAUAGAAGGUGAAAAACGAUAUGUCAUGUACAUAUUUUCUCCACAUUAACGUAUUUUUCUCACUUUAAUGUUUUAUAUUUAAGCAUUUAACUGGCUAUUAUCCAGUAAAUUCCUGCAUGUUGAAUUUUACUCAAAACACUACGUGCUGAGCCUUAGGACGUCAGCCGUAAUCAUACGUAUAUAUAUAUAUAGUAGUCCCUACAUCAUGUAGAUGUAGAUAAACGUAAAUGGAUCGAACGCACCUUAACAGCUGACUUUAUAAAGAUUUGUUUUUAGAGCUGGCAGUACUUUCGUGUCCUUUCAAAUAUCUUCUGAAUCAAUACAAGCUCGACUCAUGUGUUUUUUGAGGGCGUUGUAAUACCGUUGUAUUAAGAAAACCGAGCGACUACCCAAGGCAGCAUGCGCCAGAGCUAAUACCACCUCUUUAAGCUCACGAUGCGUACUAUCAACCGCUAAAGCAUAUCGGUUUUUCUAAUAGACGCUCAUUCGAUUACACCUUACCACUGCAAACUGCAGUUCUUGCUUAUUUUAUCUCAAAGGAUAUUUGAAUCUCGCUUUUUACAAUACAUAUUGAUUAUGCUGUUUUUUUUCAGUAUGUCGUAUAUACAUGUGAUUUCAAGUCCAUCCAACCAACGUUUAUCGAAAUGACAUAUAUUUUCCCCCUACUUACGACAAAGGUUUUUAUAGGCGUUGCAUGCGAUUUCGUCCAUUUGAAUACUGAAUUUACCAGAACUGAGUUUUGGACAUUCUACAGUGGGACCUGGUUUGUAUAUGAUGUAUAUUUUUGACGUGUGUGAACAAAGCAGUGUUUUAAGGAUUUAAGAGAAGCGAAUUUUCGCAGUGAGUUUGUUAUGAACCUUUAGUCGGAUACUAGCAAUGUCCAACAAAAUGCCUCCAGACCGGAAGCCCUUUAAUUAGUUGGUGGUCUAUUUCCGUUUUCGUUUUCAUUAGCAAACACGCCGAAUUGGCAUGCCAGCUUCUUCACGUCGUUGACUGCGGUACGUUAUGUUAGCUUUAGUAUAAAUCUUGCUUGGCAUAAAAAUAUCGACUUUCUUACUAAAUUAAAUUGACACGGCUGGUCUUCAUACCUAUUAGCAAUUCAGUGAUGAUCGGCGGUUCAGCCUCCUUCGUUUCCUAGAAUAAUCAUUUUUCGCGCUUGUUUCGUAGGAUCAGCCUUACAACUUUCUUAAGUUCUUCAUCAUUGCCGGCUUUUAUUUGUGGACUACGUCCGAGAUUAAUGAACUUUUGUGUUGUUUAUCAAGUUGGGAUAUAUGCAUGUAGAUAAUGGUAUUUUGUAAGGAAAACGCUUUAGGCUAAGUAGAAAUUAAUCUGGUUUUAUCUUUGACGUGAACCUGUUGAGUUUCACUUAUCACAGGCCAAACAAUUUUUCCAUUGUCAGUGUGUAGUUACGGUGCCUUAACUGUAUGCCAGUCACAUUGCACGACAUUGGCAUACUAACUUCAUAAGCAUUCUAUGUCUGACUGAUCUAAUCUUCUCUAAUUUUUCUAAACAUUGUGAAAUUUUUAUGUGGCUUUUGUAAUUGUCUUAGUAACCUGACGCACAGAAGUCGAAAACUCUCGAAGUAUUCAUAUUUACGACUGUUUUUUCGACAAAAAGAAAGUUAGUCAAAGGCGAAAUACCGAGUCAUAGCACGGACUGGUGAAAGAAUUUGAUUCUUCCUCAUAGCGUACAUCUAGAUGAAACGUUAGGGUGACAUUUUGUAGUCAGCUUAAUUAUGUGACCGAAUGGGGCAUCGUUUAAUUUAAUGCGCUGUUUACAUAUGCAAGCGAUCCCAUUGUGUAUGUGUCUAAUGCUCUUCUAUUCAGGAUUUUGUUUUUAAUCGUCAAAGCAUUUAGUUAACAAAUUCGAACGACAUCCGUUGUGCGCAGUAUAUUAACAGCAGGGCUUUCUGAGUGACUGAAGGCUUCUCCGGGUGCAUGCUAUGGUGGUUAAAACAAAUCUUUUCAGGGUUCUUAGGCACCUUUGGAGGGUAUUUUUAGAUGCUGCAUGAGUCUGGGCUUAUUAUCAGGGCUUUAUUGUUACGUAGGCCAACUUGAUUUUUAUACAAAUUCCCCGUUUGAACUGUACGUUGAACGCUAAUUCAUGUUAAGCAUAUGUUCUGUCUCUUUCUUCGUAUAAUAAGUAGUAGAAGGGUUGUAUUUUUUUCGUUUAUUUACUUGGUCUUAAAAAUCGAACAAUAUAUUUUUAAGCCUUACGUGCAAUCAAAGUUGUGGUAAAUGUUUCAUGGCUUUCUAUAAGAGAACCAAAGGUCUUAUUUAAAUGAUGUUGUUGUUAAAAUGACACGUUAUUUUUCAUCGCUAACGAUUUUUUAGUUGUGCUAAUAUUCAAGCACUUCUCGCAGUCCUGCAGGCAAAUCGAUCGAGAGCUCAGUAUCGGCGUUGGGCAUAUCAUUCGGAGGAAUAAUUUUAAAGCAUGGAGUAAGUCAACGUUGGAAAUUCAGAUAGCGGCUGGCAAGGCAACGAUGCUGCCAACGUGGAAGAUGCGUCUGAGUCUUUCAGCUCGGAGUUCGAUGCUGCCGGUUAUCAGAACACUGGAAUUUCCGACAGCGUGUCGUAAGUGUAAUGAAGUGGGUCAUAUGGCCCGUGAAUGCUAUAAUGCGUCCUCGGGAAGAAACCGAGGACGUUUCAAUUGCGGGCAGUCAGACCACUUAAAAGGAGUCUAUCUCGAGUCAUCUAGAGACAGAGCUUGUCGAAAGUGUAAUGAGGAAAGGUACAUUGCGCGUGAUUGCCUUAGUGCUCCCCAAAGAGGAAGCCGCGUAUGUUUUAACUGCAGACAGCUAGGCCACAAAAAGUCCGAGUCUCCCAGGCAGAGUGGGCCUUUAGAUUGCUGGAAUUGUCACUGGGAAGGCCACAAAUCCGCGGACUGUGUGAACAAGCCCGGCCAGAGGAUUAGUAAACACGGCCAGCCGGUGCCGAAGCCAGCUACAUAUGUACCCGGAUUAGGUAGCGUAACUGAAAUGAUGUCGGAAUUAUGCUACGGUAAUGGAAAUAUACAGCGCUUUGACCAAGACAAGGUGACGGUUAGCGAUGCCGCAUUUGCUGUGCCUCUACAAAGCUUCGACGAAAUUGGAUUCUGUCCUGUGCUCUUGGAGAAGGUAAAUAGACUCGGCUACGCGACUCUGACACCAAUUCAACGCUUCUCCAUUCCUGUAAUCAUGGCUGGGAAAGAUCUUAUUGCAUGUUCGCAAACUGGUUCGGGGAAGUCCGCUGCGUUCAUUUUGCCAAUUUUACAGAAGAUCAUGAACGAUAAGACUUUGCCGGACCGGGCAUCGAUAGCCGGUAAAAAAACCCAGAAGCCCUUGGUAGUAGUUAUUUCGCCGACAAGAGAACUGUGCAGACAGCUUAAUGACCAUUUUCGAGUGAUAUCCGACGAGACUCCACGACGUAUCGGCGUGGCAUACGCCUAUGGUCGAACUCACGUUCAGUCGAAUCGUGGCGAUAUUCGCCGUGGUACACACGUUCUGUGCGCUGUACCCGGCCGUCUUAAGCAAUUUUUAGAAGAUGGCACAAUUUCAUUUUCGGAGGUCAGGUACAUCAUACUAGACGAGGCAGAUCGAAUGCUGGAUCACGGCUUCGAGGAAGAUAUACGCUUUUUCAACGCACACAAAUCGAUGCCCCCAAAAGAGAAUCGGCAAAUGCUCAUGUUUUCUGCGACAUUCCCACCUGAAGUUGAACAGCUCGCCCGACAGAUUAUGCGCUCAAAGAAUACGGUCAAAGUUGUCGUCGGAACUUUGGGCGGGGUUAACGCCGAUGUGACGCAGAGCUUUAUCGAAACACAAAACUUCUCUGAAAAACGGGAACAGCUAAUAAAAAUACUUGAUGAUUAUCCAACGGUGAAAAGGAAUACGCAAGUGGACAAAAGUGAACGAGAUCGAAUUAUCGUUUUCGUUGAACAAAAAAAAAGGGCUGAUACUAUUGGCCUGUUCUUGAAUCUGCAGGGCUAUGCUACGACGACCAUGCACGGUGAUCGAGAACAGGAGCAACGCGAGGAAGCAUUGAGAACGCUUAAGCAAGGCGAAUAUCCUAUUCUUGUUGCGACUGCGGUAGCCGCUCGAGGUCUUGAUAUUAAGGCGGUAUCGCUAGUCAUCAAUUUCGAUUUGCCGAAGGACAUAGACGACUAUGUUCACCGUGUGGGUCGUACAGGGCGUGUUGGUCGACCAGGAAAGGCAAUCUCAUUUUAUAAUGGUGAAAGUGAUUCGUCGUUGGCGCCAGCGUUGAUACAGGCUCUGAACGAGUGUGGGCAGCCUGUCCCAGACUUCCUCUCAAAUAGCGCUUCCGGCAAUUACUUCAACGAAACUUCCAAGGAAGAUGAUGGCAAUACAGAUGAAUGAACGUUAUGAUGUGCGACGAAAGGCCACCACUAAUUAAAUGGAAUAACUGAAGUUGGAAUCGGAGUUGGAGUCGGUUGGAAAUGGUUCACUCACUAGGGAAAUUUUAUACGGCGCUCACAGCAUGAAGCCAAACAAAUGACAAGCCGCAGAACGUAGAAAAAGACGUAAUGUUCCCCUGGAACUAUAGCUUUUUAGUU